AUGCCGGUCGUCAAGGGAGGCGUCUGGACCAACAUCGAGGACGAGAUCCUCAAGGCGUCCGUCUCCAAGUAUGGCCUCAAUCAAUGGGCACGCGUGUCCUCGCUGCUGGCGCGCAAGACGGCCAAGCAGUGCAAGGCCAGAUGGAACGAAUGGCUGGACCCGAGCAUCAAGAAGAUUGAGUGGAGCAAGGAGGAGGACGAGAAGCUGCUGCAUCUCGCCAAGAUUAUGCCCACCCAAUGGCGCACCAUUGCUCCCAUAGUCGGCCGGACUGCGAACCAAUGUCUCGAGCGAUACCAGAAGCUGCUGGAUGAGGCUGAGGCCCGCGAAUCGUCGGGCCUUGGCCUUAUGGGACCAGACGGUGGCGAGACGCAAGCACCAAGUGCCGACGAUGUUAGGAGAUUGCGGCCGGGAGAGCUUGACCCGGAUCCAGAGACGAAGCCCGCUCGACCGGAUACCAUCGAUCUCGACGAAGACGAAAAGGAGAUGCUCAGCGAGGCUCGUGCUCGUCUAGCCAACACACAGGGCAAAAAGGCAAAGAGAAAGGCUCGAGAACGCCAGCAGGAAGAGUCCCGUCGCCUUGCGACUCUGCAGAAGCGGCGAGAGCUUAAAACGGCCGGCAUCAACAUCAAGGUUACCACGCGAAAGCAGGGCGAGAUGGACUACAACGCAGAUAUCCCAUUCGAAAGGAAGGCCGCCGCUGGAUUCUACGACACUUCGGAAGAGAAAGUAAAAAAUGACUUGCAGCGUGCGGCAUUCGAUCCGAGAAAACAGCAGCUUGCUAGCAAGCGGAAAGGCGACGGCGACGAGGAUAACGAACGCAAAAGGAGGAAGAACGACAAGGAGGGCAUUUCAGAAUCACAAAAAGCUGCCAUCAAAGCAGGCCAGAUGCAGAGGAUUCGAGAGGCCGAACAAAGCAGCAAGCGCCGUCCUCUAAACUUGCCAGCACCGCAAGUAGGAGACGGCGAGCUGGAGGAUAUUGUAAAGAUGGGCAAAAUGGGCGAAGCCGCCAACUCUUUGGCUAGAGAAAGCGACAAUGAUGCGACGCGAGGAUUCGUCAACUCGUAUUCGACUCUUAAUACAAAUGCUCCGAUCCGAACACCUAGAGCGCCUGCACAGGAGGACCACAUCGCCAACGAAAUCCGUAACAUCCGGGCCCUAAAUGAUACCCAAUCUGCUCUGCUGGGUGGUGAGAAUACCCCUCUUCACCAGGGAGCUGGCUCAACCGGAUUUGAGGGCAUUGCUCCUCGGAAACAUGUUAUGGCGACCCCCAAUCCUCUAGCUACACCCUUAAGAAAUGGUGGAGCGAACGGUGCUGCUCCUGGCCAAACACCGAUGCGGACUCCACGAGAUACUUUUGCUCUCAAUCAAGAGGACGGAAUGUCAAUGACAGGUGCAACCCCUCGAGACAUUAGAAACAGGGAGAUGGCCAUGCGGAAUCAGCUGCGCGCUGGACUGGCUGCGCUGCCCAAGCCGAAAGACACCGAGUGGGAGUUUGAGAUACCAGACGAGCAAAAGGAGACUGUGGCUGCCGAUGAUGCCAUGGAAGAGGAUGCUGCUGACCGGGAUCGACGAGAGCGUGAAAGACGAGAAGCUGCAGAGGCGCUUGAACGGCGACGACGGACUCAAGUAAUGCAGAGAGGGCUUCCACGGCCCGUAGUUGUCGACUUGACAGACCUGAUGAAGAGAGCAAAGGCGAUUGACGAUCCGUCCGCGGCACUCAUUGCGGCGGAGACGGCCGCUCUGAUGGCUCAUGAUGCUAUCAAGUUCCCGCUGAGCGGCUCUCAAGUCAAGGGCAAGCCUUCGCCUCUGGCCCAGAUAGACGACAGCUCCCUCGCCGACGCCCGCCUUCGAAUUAUCUCUGAAACUAAGCCGCUGCCGAGUUUUGAGGAUAUCCAAGCAGCCUUUGAAAGCAGGGCCAAUGGAGACUCUUUGCUUCUGGGAUUAGGGUGUUAUAACGAUGAUGAGGAUGAGCAAGAUGCCGCUAUGCGAGCUGCCUUUGACAGCGUUCAAGAUUCCAUCAUGGCUUCAGCAGAGGAAGACGCAAAGCUCGAGAAGAAGCUCACGUUGCAUCUGGGUGGGUACCAGAAGCGGCAAAAGAUGCUCAAAGACAAGGUAUCGGAUGCGGCAGACGCUUUGGACAAGGCAAAGGUAGCCCUCAGCGGGUUCAAGAUACUGGCCAUCAACGAGGAUACAGCCAUCAACCGACGACUGGCGUCACUGCGAGAUGAAGUCAAUUUCAUUAGCCGAAGAGAGAGAGAGGCACAGGAGGAAUACCAAAAGGCCAAAGAAGAGCUAGAAGCUCUACGAUCGGCAAACAUUAACGGAUACCAUUAA